AUGUUUAUGGAUGAGCUUUUCCAGAAGGCUCCUGUGCCUGCCACUCACGCGAUGGCUUGGCAAAGCUUGGGCAACGACGGGAUCUCGAGCUCCUUAGGUGCGCUGCGAAAGGUCUUAUGUGCUACUGCACCCGUGCAUCCGCCACGAAUGCGGCCACCCGCUUGGGCGCGCAACCAGCAAAAGGUCCAGGACAUUCUCUGCUGCAUGUUCCCGGACCUGAUGCGCAACUGUGCUGGCGAGGUGAUCGCCUGGCUCGAAUCCCAAGUGCUUUCCCCGAACGACUUGCAGGUGAUCUCGCAGUCGUGGCAAAGUGUCCGGAGUCUGGCGGUGGAUUUCAGGGCGCUGUUAGCUUUCAGUUGCCAACGCGCUCUUCCCAACGAGGUGGCAGUGAAGGUCAUCGGCUUCCUUAUGCCUCCACAGCUGUCACUCUUGCAGAAGCGCUUGGAGAAGCUAUCAGCGAGGGCGAAGGAUGAGGCGCAAUUGGUUUGCCAGAUCACGAUCAAUCCUGCUUGCAGCAUUCUCCUGGUGAUUCCAUGCCUUGAUGUUUUUCCGGGCUUGAGGGAAUCAUCGCCGGUGCAUUUGCAACACCCUAUGAUACCUAGUGCUGCGGAGGAGCCAUCAGAGGCGCCAAAAAGAAGCAAAAAAGAAGUGAGAAAAUACAAGAAGCGCAUUAUCAAGCAGGCGCGCAAGGCCAGGCCGGUGCUAGCAACUGUAACAUUGCGCCGGAACCGCGCGCACAUGGCAUUCUUGCAAACGCUUACAGGAAGCUUCGCGAACGGGUCGCUGGGCUGA